AGGCUCCUCGCUCGCUUUUCUUGCGUUAUGAAGCCCAGCAGCCUCUCUGCGCUGGCUGCGGUCUUCCUCCUCCUCUGCCUCCACGUGGCGCAGCCUCGCUUCCGGAAGGCGAAACCCGGAAUUUGCCCCGAGUUUACCCUUUCCUGCCCCUUCGUACUUAUACCUCUGUGCCGGCGCGACAGACGCUGCAGGGGCGCCAAGAAGUGUUGUUUCUACAACUGUAGGCGGCGGUGUGUGGAGCCCUGGCCGAGUUUGGAGUGAGGUAGAAACCCCUUCUUAACCAGGCCCGAGAAGACACUGGUAGAGCGGGCUCAGACCUGGAUAACUGAUCUCUGAUUCUUCCCUGCUCUCCUCCUUCCCAAGACUUCCUUUUAUCCAGAGUUAAAUGCUUAUUAAUAUGAAAACAACACAAAGAAAUAAACGGUUAUAUAUUUAAAACUA